UAGGUAAAUUAACUACUAAGUUUUUGGAAAGAACGAAAUGUGCCUUUCAUUCGACGAAAAAUCCUGUUUUAUGGCUUGCAAUACAGCUCUGACUUUCUUUGCCUUGUGGUAGAGUCGUAAAAAGGCAAUUUGAUUUGAUUGUAUUGAAGUAUUUUGUCGCUGUGUCUUACAAGGACAAACUGAUCAGGAUUUGCCCGACUUAAUUCCGAUCCCUUGCAUAUCAAUCGAUUCUCAUAAAAUCUUUCACGUAGCGGUUCCUCAAAAAAAUGUUUGAAAAAACACAACCAAUAUCCCCCCCUCACUCGGCCUCUUUGCAGUUUUGACAUUCUCUUCCGUAAUUAAUUUGAGUUUUAAGACUCAAAUUUAACAAAUUUCAUUUAAAUUCAUUUCAAACCUUCCAGGAACAAAAGAAGUCGACGCUUUCAAUUAUCUUAACCUUUGGAAAAAAGAGCUUGACCAUAGUGCAUUUUCAAAUUAAGAUUGUCUAAACCUGAACAGGAUUUCGUCCUGGAUAUAACGUCGUUCAUGGUCCUCAUACUCCUUCAUGGCGUGGGCUAAACGAUUUCUCAACCAUUUUUUUUUCUUUACUAAAUUUAACUUUGAAUGAAAUGACAUACGCAUGCCUUUGAAACGUCGAUCGCCAUAUCAGGAAAGCUUGUAACAUUACGCAAGCCACGUUCCUACCUUGGAGUUCAAGCUGAACGUGCUAUUCUUCAAGUUGUGAUGAGCAAGGGGCACCCAAACUAAGGGCUGGUUUAAUCAUGGAUCAUCAAUCCAAAUUGGACAAUAAUGUAACGGCUCGACGAGCAGCCUGGGAUUUGGAGCGUGAAAAUCUUCAACAACGGCUCAUCUUGCCAGAAGAAAAUGCCGAAGAGGAGAAGCUCGAAGGAUCACUCCCCAACCUUGUAGGAGGGGUGGACCUCUCAUUUGUGCCCGGAGACGAAUCCGGAGCAUGUGCCGCAUACGUGAUUUGUCAAGCACCCAACUACCAACAAAUAAUUUGGCAACGUACACGAAUGAUAACUUUAACCGCCCCAUACAUCCCGGGAUAUCUGGCUUUUCGGGAGGCAGAACCUUUGGCUCAAUUGAUUCAAGAGCAAAAGACGGAACGACCGGAAUUGACUCCGGAAAUGCUUUUAGUGGAUGGAAAUGGAUUGCUCCAUCCUCAUCGGUUUGGUUUAGCUUGCCACCUGGGAGUACUCGUUGAUUUACCAUGCAUCGGUGUGGCCAAAAAUCUGUUUCAGAUGAGUGAUGAGGGAAUACUAAGGGAUCAACAAUAUCACACUGGAGUUCGAGAUCUCCGAGAGCCUGGGCAAGUUUUUCCAUUGAUGGAUACCUCGGGUAGAAUAUUGGGCCUUGCCCUAAAAACCACAGCCCAAAGUUCAAAGCCUGUUUUCGUGUCCGUUGGUCACCGAGUGACCCUAAAUACCGCCAAGCGAGUCGUUUUGGCUGUAUCCACCUAUCGCGUACCCGAGCCCAUUCGGCAUGCGGAUAUGAUCUCGAGAGAAUUCAUUCGGCAAAGGGUCAAUGCCGAAAAAGUGUUCAAUGCUCUCGCUAAACCUCCUCCAGAUCCUUCAAGACUCCGUGCGGAUUGAAAUAUCGAUCCAACAAUCACCCCCAGUUACGCAUCCAUUCCCCUUUCGCCCAUGGCAUCAUUGAGAUCAGAUCGUAAUUUGGCCGAUGCCAAGAAACGUGAGUGGAUCCGACAAAAUGAUCCCGAACUCCGUCAUCUUCAAAAUAAGAUUGACCGAGCGUACAUUAGCCAAGAUCUUCGCCGUCAACUAGUGGAACGGCAAAAGUCCCAAGAAGUUCGAGAGAGGCAACAUUUACAAGAAAUUCAAGAACAAAGGGCUUUGAUUGAAGAAGAUCUCGCGUUCUGUCAACAACAGGAUCAGCUAAGACAUGUCAAACGAUAUCAGUAUGGCCAAGAUUUGGAGCGACAAUUAGUAGAACAGGAGAGGAACCGGAAAUCAGCGGCCAACCAUCAGUCUGAGUUUGAUAAAAAUAUCAUCGAGGAGGUUGUGGCUCAGGUUCAAGAAGUAGAAAGAAAACGUAUUCAAGCCAAGAUCGACGAACAAACACGAGUCAAGGAAGACAUUGACAAGCACCUCACCCAAAGAGAUCAAUGGCGACAAGAUGAGCUUCGGAAAGAUGCUCUGGAGGAGCAGAAGGUGUGCCUUUAUCUGAAAGAAAAGGCUGUCUGGGUUCAACAGCAAGAGAAACUCUUCCAAGAACGACGCAAACGAAGAGAUCACCACAUCGGUUUGUUGGCCCAAAAACUGCAAAGCACCAACAAUUGGAAGGAAUGGCAACAUGACGUAUUCUGGCAAUAUCAGCAUUUACAAAAAGAUUCACAAGAGCGAAGAGACGAACAUCUGCGUCAAUUGGCUCAAAGGCAGAAAAAGUCUCAAAUUCAAGAACUCCUUAAGCAAGAUUAUGAAGCAAAGCAACACGAAUUAGCUCGACAAAAGACUCGAGCUCGUUUGGAGGAUCAGGUCUGGCAAAAAUGGAUGGAUCAGAUGAAACGAGAGCAAGAUCAAGCGGAAAUGGACCGAUGGUCGCAACAAAGGCGCUCGUGGCGGAAUGAUUGGGAACACACGAAACAAUUAGCUCAGGCCAAAAGUGAACAAGAGAGGCGUGCCAAUCAAGAAGCAAGACACAUAGAGAAAAAUGAAAUUGCAAAACGGACCCAGAUUUGGCGAGAGGAACGUCUCAAAAUUAUUAGAGAACAUUAUCACAAGCUGGGCGAGAGCUUUCCAACAAGUGUUCUGCGACCGGAAGAUAUUGACCUUAUAGCCACUAAUCUCCCUUGAAAAACCGGCCCAACUAACAGGUUUUGCACUGUUUACCCAAAAUACUGUAUGUCCUCAAUUUUCCUUUUUGUUCGUUCUGGUUUGAUAUCCCAGUCGUUCUAAUCCACUAUGACAAUGUCCACAUGUAUAUUACUUAGUUUAAAAACAAACUUGGCCUUUUUAACUCUCCUGAACUUCAUAUAUAUCAGUACAUAUAUAUUGUAUAUGUUUUCAUGUACUUUUAGAGAUUUGUAUCUUACAAUUUCAUUCAAUACAAAUCGAAUUAUUAGUUCCUUGUGGUAUCAUAAUCAUCUUUGUUACAUACAGCACCUAGUAAAAUUGUCAGAUAAGAUCUAUGGAUGACACUUUUAUUCAAACUGGCAAGUAAUUGACCUCAAUGGCAUUUUUGAUUGCAGCUUUGCCAACAGUUUUCUUCCAAGACAAAAGCUGUAGGUCGACCACUUUCCUCUUUUGUCAACAAUUUUGUUUCUUGCUUUGUAUGAUAAUUUCUUUUGUCAAGAAACGAUCAUGUUCCACGAGUGUGACACUUUCUUGUUUGAAAUACAUAUGAAGUUUAGGUCAUGUGACUUUAAGUGGA